AGGGGGAAAAUCUUUCAAACUGUUUUUCCAAAGAACUAAGGCAAGAGGCCACAUAAAGGAAUUCAUUUCACCACAUCAGAAGACCAGAACUACAUAUGCAAUGUAUGUGUACAGGCACUUCAUAUCAGAUGGAUAAUGGGUAAGGAGCAAUUGGAAAUUUAGUUCAGAAGGAAGAUAGAGGUGGUGAUAAUAGGUAAAAGGUUUUUCUACCAAAGGAAACUUGGCUAGAGAAAAUUUAAAGUGAAAUCAGCAUUGAAAUUUGUUGCCUACUCCAAUUAAGAUUUGUAGACUACACAAAAAUUCUGCUGAAGUUUGCACCUAUAAAUUUAUACCAAGACAAUUUUAGAAGGAUACAGAUGAUUGAAAAUUUAGCCGGAAUCAUCAUCCAUGAGGUUAUGCUAAGAGAAAAGUUUUAGAAUGUCAAGCAAAGAGGUGAAGACGGCUCUGAAAAGUGCUAGAGAUGCAAUCAGAAACAAAGAAUACAAAGAAGCUUUGAAGCAUUGUAAGGCAGUUUUAAAACAAGAGAAAAAUAACUACAACGCCUGGGUUUUUAUUGGUGUUGCUGCAGCCGAGCUAGAACAACCUGAUCAGGCCCAGGGUGCCUAUAAGAAAGCUGCUGAACUAGAGCCAGACCAAUUACUAGCAUGGCAGGGGUUAGCAAGCUUAUAUGAGAAAUGUAAUCACAUAAAUGCUAAGGAUGACUUACCUGGUGUCUACCAAAAGCUCCUGGAUCUCUAUGAAAGUGUUGACAAACAGAAGUGGUGUGAUGUCUGUAAGAAACUCGUGGAUCUGUAUUACCAAGAAAAGAAACAUGUAGAGGUGGCCCGAACAUGGCACAAGUUGAUAAAGACACGGCAGGAAGAGGGUGCAGACAACCAAGAGCUUCAUCAGCUAUGGAGGAAAUUGACUCAGUUGCUGGCCGAGAGUACUGAGGACCAGAAUAAUGAAACCCAGCAACUGCUUUUAACAGCUUUUGAGAAUGCAUUGGGCUUAUCAGAUAAGAUUCCUAGCGAAGAUCACCAAGUACUUUAUAGACAGUUCAUUCAGUGUUUAUUCAAGUUUCCUCACGAGACUGCUAGGUUGAAGAAGGCCUGUGAAGGAAUGAUUAACAUCUAUCCCAGUGUACAAUAUCCAUUAGAAGUGCUUUGUUUGCAUUUAAUUGAAUCAGGAAGUUUUACUGAUGAAGCACAACAGUAUUGUUGCAGAUUAGUGGAAAUGGAUUCAAGAAGUGGUCCAGGCCUCAUUGGCUUAGGCAUUAAAGCAUUACAAGACAAAAACUAUGAAGAUGCUCUUAAGAACCUAACAGAAGGGUUAAAGGAAAGCCCUCUCUGUACAACUGGAUGGUAUCAUCUGGCAGAAGCCCAACUCAAAAUGCAUAGACCUAAGGAAGCUAUUCUUUCAUGCAGUCAAGCUCUGAAGAACAUAGAUAAUCUUGGUGUAUCUGGUGGCAGUCUUCAUCAGAAGAAUCUUUGUCUUCAUUUGAAAGCAGAGGCUUUGAUUAAACUCUCAGAUUAUGAAUCUUCAGAGGAAGCGAUUCAUACUCUUGAUCAGGUUUCUGAUGCAAAUAAUAUCCCAGGACUUUUGGUUCUCAGAAGCUUGGCCUGUCUGAACAAAGGCUUGUUAGAUGAAGCUACAAAGAUUAUGGAAGACCUUCUCUCUUCUUACCCUGACCUAGCUGAAGCUCAUGCCCUGGAGGCUUUGAUUCAUUUUACCAAAAAGGACUAUCUACAAGCAGAAAAAUGUUUUCAGAAGGCUCUUGAGAAAGACAAUGAAGUUGCUGAAUAUCAUUACCAACUUGGGUUAACAUAUUGGUCCAUGGGUGAAGAAACAAGAAAAGAUAAAACAAAGGCUUUUACCCACUUUCUGAAGGCUGCAAGACUGGAUACAUACAUGGGCAAAGUUUUCUGCCAUUUAGGCCAUUAUUACAGAGAUGUAGUGGGAGAUAAAAACAGAGCCCGUGGGUGUUACAGGAAAGCUUUUGAAUUAGAUGACACUGAUGCUGAAUCCGGAGCUGCGGCAGUUGACCUAAGUGUGGAACUUGAAGAGAUGGACACUGCCUUAGCUAUCCUAACCACAGUAACUCAAAAGGCAAGUGCUGGAACUGCAAAAUGGGCCUGGCUUAGGCGAGGACUAUACUAUUUGAAAGCAGGUCAACAUUCUCAAGCAGUGGCUGAUUUACAGGCAGCAUUAAGGGCAGACCCAAAGGACUUCAAUUGUUGGGAGUCAUUAGGAGAGGCAUACUUAAGCAGAGGUGGCUAUACAACAGCUUUGAAAUCCUUCAUCAAAGCCACCGAGUUGAACCCAGAAUCCACACACAGUGUGUUUAAGGUUGCAGCGAUACAGCAAAUCCUAGGCAAAUACAAGGAGGCUGUAGCUCAAUACCAGCUGAUCAUUAAAAAGAAUGAAGAUUAUGUGCCUGCUUUGAAAGGUCUGGGUGAAUGCCAUCUUAUGAUGGCAAAAGCAGCUCUAGUUGAUUAUCUUGAUGGGAAAGCUGUAGACUACGUAGAAAAAGCACUGGAAUAUUUUACUUGGGCUCUGCAGCAUCGAGCUGAUGUGUCUUGCCUUUGGAAGCUAGUUGGGGAUGCUUGCACCAGUUUAUAUGCUGUCUCACCAUCUAAAGUGAAUGUUCAUGUUGUAGGAGUCCUUCCGGGUCAGAAAGAAGGAAAACAAGUAUUGAAGAAAAAUGAGCUCCUCCAUCUUGGAGGAAGGUGUUACGGUCGUGCAUUAAAACUGAUGUCUACAUCUAAUACAUGGUGUGACCUUGGAAUUAAUUAUUAUCGCCAAGCACAACAUUUAGCUGAAACAGGCAGCAAUAUGAAUGAUCUUAAAGAGUUGCUGGAGAAAUCUUUACAUUGUCUGAAAAAGGCAGUGAGACUGGACAGUAAUAACCACUUAUACUGGAAUGCACUUGGUGUGGUAGCUUGUUACAGUGGUGUUGGAAAUUAUGCCCUUGCUCAGCACUGUUUCAUCAAGUCAAUUCAAUCGGAACAGAUUAAUGCUGUUGCAUGGACCAACUUGGGAGUGUUAUACCUCACAAAUGAAAACAUUGAGCAAGCUCAUGAAGCUUUCAAAAUGGCUCAGUCUCUUGAUCCAUCUUAUUUGAUGUGCUGGAUUGGACAAGCUCUGAUUGCAGAGACAGUUGGAAGUUAUGACACAAUGGACCUCUUUAGGCACACUACGGAACUCAGUAUGCACACCGAAGGUGCAAUUGGUUAUGCGUAUUGGGUCUGUACAACAUUGCAAGACAAAAGCAACAGAGAAACAGAACUGUACCGCUACAACAUUCUCCAGAUGAAUGCUAUUCCAGCAGCACAAGUUGUUUUGAGUAAAUACGUAGAAAGAAUUCAGGAUUAUGCUCCAGCUUUCACAAUGUUGGGUUACUUAAAUGAACAUCUACUACUGAAAAAGGAAGCGGCAGAUGCAUACCGAAGGGCAAUUUUGUUGUUACAGACUUCGGAAGACCAGGAUACUUAUAAUGUUACAGUAAGAAAUUAUGGCAGAUUGUUAUGUUCCAUUGGCGAAUAUGAUAAAGCUAUCCAGGCUUUUAAGUCAACACCCCUGGAAGAGUUGGAGGACAUCAUAGGUCUCGCAUUAGCUUUAUUUUUGAAGGGUCUAUAUAAAGAGAGCAGCAAAACCUAUGAGAGAGCCUUGUCUAUUGUUGAAUCAGAGCAAGACAAAGCACAUAUCUUGACAGCGCUGGCAAUAACAGAGUAUAAACAAGGAAAAAUGGACACAGCCAAGACAUUGCUCUUUAAAUGUUCUAUCUUAAAGGAACCAACCGCAGAAAGCCUUCAAGCCCUGUGUGCUCUAGGAUUGGCAAUGCAGGAUGUUACACUAUCCAAAGCAGCACUUAAUGAAUUACUGAAGCACAUCAAACAGAAAGACAAUGGUUAUCAGAGGUACCUUCUUACUGCAGCUAUUUAUGCACUCCAGGGCCACAGUGUGGCAGUACAGAGACAAGCAUCCAAAGCUGUUCACAGUAACCCAGCUGACCCUGCUCUUUGGUCUCUGUUGUCCCGAGUGGUUGCUCAGUAUACUCAGCGAAAUGCAAAGGGAGGUGCUGUAGCAGGAAAUGUGGCUCAUAUACUGGACUCCAAUCAUGGAAAGAAGGCAUUACUGUACACUGCAGUAAAUCAGGUGGCCAUGGGAAGCAGUUCAGCUGAAGAUGAAAAAAAUAUUGCUGUAAAGACCAUUCAGAAGGCAGCUCUCCUUUCUCCAGGGGACCCUGCUGUCUGGGCCGUGCUAAUGGCAGCCUGUUAUGCUGAUGAUAAACUGGCCCUAGUGAACAACACUCAGCCAAAGAAGAUGGAUAUAUACUUGGCUCUGUUAUCUGCUAUUUCUGCUUCAAUUAAAGACAAAGAAUUCCCUGAAAAUUACAACCAAUCUCUUGAAAAGUGGUCUCUCUCACAAACUGUCACUGGUCUAAUAGAAACUGGAAGAAUAUCUGAAGCUGAAGCCCUCUGCACAAAGAAUUUAAAAAAUCACCCUGAUCAGCCAGCUGUUAUCUUACUUUUGAGACAAGUUCAGUGUAAACCACUCCUGGAGUCACAAAAAUCUCUCCCAGAUGCUGUUCUUGAAGAGCUGCAAAAAACAGUCAUGUCCAACUCUACCUCUGUUCCUGCUUGGCAGUGGCUGGCACACGUGUAUCAGUCUCAAGGAAUGAUGGGUGCUGCAGAGAUGUGUUACAGAAAGAGCCUACAAGUGGCUUCCCAGCAGGGCAGUUGGAGUGGGAAGCUCUCAAGUCUAUUGAGACUAGCACUGCUUGCAUUAGAAAUCUUCAUGGCUAAUAUUUCCAAUGAUCACUGGCAAUCCUUGGUUCAAGAAGCUACAACUGAGGCCUUGAAGCUUUGCUUUUGUCCACUGGCUAUUCUCGUACAAGCUUUGUUACAAUUCAACCGCAAAAUGGGGGCAAGGGAGACACGGCGACUUUUGGAGAGAGUAGUAUAUCAACCCGGGUAUCCCAAAUCUGUUGUGUCAACUGCUCGUUGGUACCUAUUGAGACACUUAUAUGCCAAAGAUGACUAUGAGCUAAUUGAUGUGCUAGUAAACAAUGCCAAAACUCAUGGAGAUACAAGAGCACUGGAACUGAAUGAGAAACUGUCCUCACAGUAACAAUGGAUUAUUUUGUAGUAAGCAAGCAAAGAAAAGGCUAUAAGAAUGACACAAUGAAUCAAGACUUUCCUUCAAAGCAGUGUUUUCUUUAGACUAUAGUUAUAAUCAACUACUCUUUUCCUUUUUAAAUCUAAGGAAGCGGAAAUCUUAAACUAAGGAUAUAAUUUUCUGUUAACUUUUAAUCUAACUUUAAUCUGUAAAACAUCUUUGAUUUUGGAAAGUCCGUAAUGAAAGGAAAACCAUGAUUCCCUUAGUUCCUCAGCAGUUAUUUGUAAACCAUUGUUUUCUGCAUUAUCCAUGGUGCACAAUAGGAUGUCUUUUUUUGUAAUCCCUUAAAAUAAAGCCUUAAUAGCAUUUUCUAAAAUGCAAGAGCAGAUUGGCACAAUGUAGAAUUUUCAUUUGUUAAAAAGUAAUUUAAAAAAUUAAAUUCCUUCUAUGAAUACUACAUUUCAGCAGACUAACUCAUCAUAAUAUCUAAAUAAUCUUGUAACCUGUUUUGCUAGUGGUUCAUUUUAGAUGCUAUUGAAGAAGCAUAAUAUAAAUGUUGGUGAGGUUUAGACUGCUAAUGGAUUUGUUUCUAUAAUUCAGAAUACUCAGGUGUGUGAGUACAUUAAAAAACAUUAAAUGGAAUGUUUUGGACAGUAAUGCUGACAAUAUUUAACCGAUCAUGCAAUUAUUUCAAUUAUGAAAAGACUGAAAUGUCUUAAAUAAAAAAAAAUACAGCGUCUUGUUUUCUUUAUAGUAGCAAUAUCAGAUGUAAUCUCUAAAUUUCAGAUUUUAAAAUCUGAAAGCACAGUUAUCUAUUUUAUUUCAUUUUUUUCCAAGAACCCUUUACUUUUUAGAUUUGAAGAAGCGGUCAUUUACUUUGGAUUUUACUUUGGUUUUUAGAAAUGUUUUCAAAUGUUUACAUUUAUUAUUUAUUGUGUGAAAAAGGAUGUGGUUGUAUAUUUUAUGUGUGUAUUUUUUCUAAACCACCACCUUCACAAUGUUAAUUACUUUGUGAGAUAGUAUAAAUGGAAAAUACUCUGUAAUUAAGAUGUACUUCAAAGGUUAAUCUAUUGAACUGAACUGUAAAUUGGUAAAUCUCAAAUUUGGCUGAACAUUAUAAUCAUCUGAGAUGAUUUAAAAGAAUUCAGACCAAUGCAAUCAGAAUCUUUAAGGAUGGGGCCUAGGACUCUACAUUUUAAAGGAAUGCCUAAGGGAUUCUACUGUCCAUUCAGGUUUGUGAACCACUGGACUAACCCAAUGAAUGAUGUAUCUUCCCUUAUUUGUUUAGCAAGAUCAAGCACAUGCCGUUCUCUGCCUAUUUCUUACUUAUGCUGACACUGUCACACUGAUUCAGUGCUUUUAACAGCCUUGCCCACAGACUUAGCCAGAGAGGCACUGCAAAAGGCUGUCCAUGCAGCCAUGGUGCCUCUACCUCUCAUUUCCUUAGUAAAACGCUUCAGCCUUUGCUUCCGGAAUGUUUUGGCUCCAUCAGAACAUUUAGGAUUCAGUUCUUGUCCUCCAUCUGCUUUCUGGCGUGUCUCUUGCUUCCCAAGGUUACUUCCACCUAGAUUGUGGACUUAGUUAGCCUUUGCUCCAGGCAAGGCUAACCAAAUCAAGGGGUAAACUUUUGACUCCUUUGCCCAAUUCUGGCUUCCACAGACCUCAGAUCUAGAUAUUCUAGAAAGGAAGAUUGGAAAACCGUCUCAGGUAAUUCUUUUUUGCAUGGAGGUACUCACAUCCUCUUAACUUUUGUUUGCUGCCUUUUCUUCAAACUGCUGCCCAGUUACUAAUAAUUUUUAUAUAGCUUACUUUGUGCCAGACAUGGGCUAAGUGUUUUAAACAUUGUCAUUUAAUCCUACUUCAUACAGGAGAGUGGUAUUAAAUAGCCUGCUUAAAGCAAAGAAAAUUUGAGGUGAAUCAAUGUUACCAGAUUCUAGAGACUUUAAAAGUACUCACAAUUUUCCUUCAGAAUUUAUACAUCUUUAAUUAGAGAAAUUAGAUCAAAACUUAUUUCCCAAAGUACCAGUAUUUAACAUUCAUAUUAAAGUACUUAUUUUUGUUUUUAUUUGAGAAUCAGUGUAUUUUCUGCUAAAUUUUAUCUACCAUUUAGUUAUUCUUGAUUAAUUAGAUUUUCAUAGACUAGUUUGACAUCUGAUAAACAUUUCCUGGUUUUUUAUAGACUAGUUUGAUAAUCUAAAACAUGCAUUUCAGCUUAUAAAUGAACUUUUGGAACAAUCUGGUUUUUUUUUGGGACCACUUGUCAUGUCUCUUGAAGUGGCCCUGGCAUUCAUUUCUGGUCAGAAAAACCAAAAACCUUAAUUUAAAAUGCUGCACUCUUUUUUUCACUUUACAAAAUGAUUUGUUAGCAAACUUCCUUUAAUUUGGGAAUCUUCAAAGAACAGGAUUGGACAGAAAUGCUCUGGUUGUACAUUAAAGGAAUUAAAAGAUGUACUUAAAAAAGUAUGGAAUAUUAGGUAAAUAUUUACAUGUAUGUAAUAUAAAUAUAAAAGGAUACAUGUUUGGUUUCUCCAUAGAAACUUUGAAUCUACUUUGGGAAAAUUAUAUAGGAACACAAAAAUAAAGCAUAUUUUGAUGUACGAGUUAUGUGACUUGUAGACCCAUUUCAAUUUUUGCACAUUAAAAAAAUAUGAAAACUUUGUUUUGUUAAAGUUGAUCCUUGUCUUUCUACAAGUCUUCCUUUAUCGAACUUUUUAGGAAACUUCUCAGGUGCCCGUGCUGCUCAUUAUAAGGCAUAACAAUCAGCUGCUGCUUGUAAAUUGACCCCAGUUUUCAGGAAGGGUUUUGUGCUUUGAUUUUUACUUUAAGAAAAUGCAUUUGUGUAUCAUAUACAGGUAUAAUUAUUGUGGUUCCAAAUUUUUCCACAUUUUUCUAUUAAGACUUUUCAUAUAGAUGAAGUAAAAAAUCAGAAAAUUCCCUUAUUUAGAAUAUGUGCCUUAUUUUGGUUUAGAAAAUACAGUCACUUAAAAUAUACUUAAAGACCACUCAUGGUGUCUAGCUGUCCCUGUGCUAUAUAAUAAUGUUUUUCCUUUCUUUGGCUGGUUGAAUAGGAAUUUUAAAAUAGCAGUAUUUUAAAUUCUAAUCUACCUAAAUAAAUACCCUACACAAUUAUAAUUUUUCAGUAAAUAUUAAAUUAUCUUUAGACCUCAGUAUGUCUUGAAGUAGGAAACUUGGAGUUAGUUACAUCUUUAAUAAAUAGCUGUUAAGAAACAUUUGAAAUAUUUGAACUUAAAAAUACCUGUUUGUUUGAGUUUGGGGAAAUGGUGCCAAGAGAGGGAUAAUUAAAUUGAAGGACCCACUGAAAGAAGGGCUUGGUUCUACCAUACAUCACUGGAUUGUUGCAUGUCAUGAUCUUUACUGAGUUUGGAUCAGUGUAAAAGUUCAUUCUGGCAUCAUUCUUCACCACAUGCUUUCCCUGUGUAUAAUACCUAUUACAAAAACAUACUUGAAUUAAUAUUUCUGUAA